CGCGGGGGCGGGGGCUGUAGGCCCGGGGCGCACCGCCCCCAGCCGCUGCCGCAGCCGUCGGCGUCGCGGUUCCUCACAGCCGGAGCCGGACAUCAUGAGACAAGAAUAGUAAUCUUUUCCCCUGUUUUCACAAUGGAGGACUCGGGAAAGACUUUCAGCUCCGAGGAGGAAGAAGCUAACUAUUGGAAAAACCUGGCUAUGACCUACAAGCAGAGGGCAGAGAACACGCAAGAGGAACUCCGAGAAUUCCAGGAGGGAAGCCGAGAAUAUGAAGCUGAAUUGGAGACGCAGCUGCAACAAAUUGAAACCAGGAACAGGGACCUGCUGUCAGAAAACAACCGCCUUCGCAUGGAGCUGGAAACCAUCAAGGAGAAGUUUGAAACGCAGCAUUCUGAAGGCUACCGGCAGAUCUCAGCCUUAGAGGAUGACCUUGCCCAGACAAAAGCCAUUAAAGAUCAACUUCAGAAAUACAUCAGAGAGCUGGAGCAAGCCAAUGAUGACCUGGAAAGAGCCAAACGGGCCACGAUCAUGUCUCUUGAGGACUUUGAACAGCGCUUGAAUCAAGCCAUUGAAAGAAAUGCCUUCCUGGAGAGCGAACUGGACGAGAAGGAGAAUCUCCUAGAAUCUGUUCAGCGACUGAAGGAUGAAGCCAGAGAUUUGCGGCAAGAAUUGGCUGUGCAGCAAAAGCAGGAGAAACCCAGGACCCCCAUGCCCAGCUCUGUGGAAGCUGAAAGGACAGACACAGCUGUACAGGCCACUGGUUCCGUGCCAUCCACCCCCAUAGCUCAUCGAGGACCCAGCUCUAGCUUAAACACACCUGGGACAUUCAGACGUGGUCUGGACGACUCCACUGGGGGGACCCCCCUCACGCCAGCGGCCCGGAUAUCUGCCCUCAACAUUGUGGGAGACCUGCUGCGGAAAGUGGGGGCUCUGGAGUCCAAACUUGCUUCCUGCCGGAACUUCGUGUAUGAUCAGUCCCCAAACCGACCCAGUGGCCCAGCCUCAGGGUGGGGGAGCAAGAACAGAGACGGCGGCGACAGACGGCCAGGCAGCACCAGCGUGCCUCUGGGUGACAAAGGGAUGUCUAAGAAGAAAGCAAGUUUUUUGCAACAAAAACGACCUGCUUCGCCACACAAAGUAUGGACAGAAAAGCCACGAGGACCAGCCGGAUGGAAGCCGUUCUCCAGGAUGGUACCCAGACAGUGGAGCUGGCAUAUCUGCUCAGCGUGGUGUCUGAGCCAGACGAGGGAGUACGGCACAGCCAUGGCCUCUUCAUUAUUAGGGGCCUGUCACACAGUGGUUCUCAGAGUCUGGAGUCGAGAUGCCAGGUGAUUGCAGAGGGUUCCUAGGUGUGCCCUUGGACUGCUGAAGUGCACAGUGAGAAAGGUAUUCCCUUUUCCACUCUUAAAUACAUCUGAUUGUCAGAAAAUCUGUUUGGUCCUAAUGUCUUGUCAUUCCCUUUCUAACUGAGAAGUCUGCCUUCAGGUCAUAGUCAUCAAUUUGUGGCCACAAUAGCUAGAAUUCACUAUUGUUUAGUUUUCACUGUUUCAACUUCAUUGUGACCUCUUGAUGCAAGGCAUGCUGGUUUAACAGUACAGGGGUGGUAGGUUUCAUUUGUAAAUAGACAUAUGUAUGAUUAAAUAGUUAAUUUCAAAGAAAACAUCAAGGCAACAGAAGUACAGGUGGUAAGGCAAAAUGGCAAAGGUGGUACGAGAAUGCCUGAGGUUGGAGAAACAUCACCUCUGACUCAACAAUUGAAGGUUUAUUCUGUGCCCAGCACUAUCCCAGACACUGGGGACGAGUAAGCAGACAAAGCCUCUGUGUUCAUGGGCUCGCAGGCCAAGAGUGAGGACAAACUGUGUACGAGAUAAGUAAAAGAAAUAGCAAGUUCCAUGAUGACAAGUGGGUAAGAGAGAGGAGAACGGUAAAGAGUAAGGUAGGAAAUUCUAGUAACAUGGGUGAGUGAACACCUGCAGGCAGGGAAGGAGGGGCCAGCUAGUGCAGCAAGCCGGGGGAGGGGCAUUCCAGGCAGAGAGAGCAGCCAGUGCAAGGGCCUUGAGGCAGUGUAGGAAGCGGUGGAGGUGGAGGGGUAAUUUAGGAGGCAGAGUACAGAGAUCACGUAGGGCCUAGUGGAACUAACCAUUGUGAAGAUGUUACUUUGGCUGUGAGUGAGGUGGAGCCCCCAUAGAGGGCUUCAAGCAAAGGAGGGACGUGAUCCAGCUCCAUUUCUGUGUUGAGAACAGACUAUAAGGGGCCAGCAUGGAUGCAGAGAGGCCCACAAGGAGGCUGAGAAAGUUGUCUAGGUGGGAGGAGAGGGUAGCUUGGACCAGGGUGGCAAGCAGUGGUUCGAUUCUGGAUGUAGAGUAUUUUUUAAGGGAGAGUUGACCAGAUUUCCCAACAGAGUGGAUGCAGGGUGUAAAGGAGAGAGAAGAAUAAAGAAUGAGCACAAGGUUUGUGGCCUGGAUUAAUGGCAACUUUCAGCUGCGGAGGAUUGUGAGAAGAGCUGGUUUUGGUGUGAAGGGGUUCAGUCAGGGCCCAGGUUGGGGUAUGUUUAGGUGUGAACUGCCUGUUAGGCAUUGAAUGGGAAUGUCAAGGAAGUCUGGAAUCCCAGGAAGUCUGGGCUGGAGAUAAACUAGGAAGUCACUAGCUACAGAUGGAACUUUGAAGCCACCAGGCUGGUUCAGAUCACCUAAGGAAUGAGCAGCAGUAGGGGUGGAGAGAGGACCGGGAUGGCGCCCUGGGCAGACCAACAGCAACUGGGCUUUGAGAUGAGGUACCAGCAGAAGAGGUGAAACACGGCCAGAAAGGUAGGAAGGAUACCAGGUGAGGGUGGUAUCUGGGAGGCCCAGUAAAGAGGAGUGAUGGGCUAUAGCAUAUGCUGCUGAGUCAGGUGAGGACUGAGGACUGACCACUGAGUUAGAGUUUUGUGGUAACAGCAGGGAAGGGGGAUUAGGUUUGUUCACCUAAUGGAAUGACUCAGUGAGAGAGAACAUAUCACAAGGGAGAAGGGUAGGACUUUCAGGAACAACGUCCUCAGUUAAACAAGAUGGGGGGUGGGUCUGAUGGUGGGGUGGACCUCAGUUGGUGCUGGACAGUUGAGCACAGAAAUGGGAAAAAACAGAGGAAAUGAGCAUAGAUGUAGGGAGGUGUGUCGAUAGGGAAGUGGGGGCUUGUCUAUACUUCAUGAUAGUUUCCAUUUUUCCAUUAAACAGGAAGUAAAGUCAUCAGCUGAGUGAGGAUGACAGGGAUAGUAAGUUUAGGGAGAGUGAAAAGCAGAUGCCUAAGUGGGGAGGGCUGAGAGGAUGGGGGAGGGUGAGAGGAGGCGGGGACUGAGAGGAAGGGGAGGCCAAAGUCCAGGCAGCACUAAGUGAGGUCGGCUUGGUUCCACUGCUUAGAGUUUCCAGCGGAAGUGGCAGCACACCUGUUUGCUUUUCCACACUGCUUUGAGCUGCAGAAGGUUGGCAGUUGGGCUUAAUUUGGCUUGUGUUUUAACCAAGUCAGCACAACACAGCAGGAGGGGAGACCAGAGUGUGGAGGAUGUGGGAGAGGCCGACCAUAACCAUGGAGUCGGUGGGGCUGCGAGAGGAUGAGAGGAUGAGCUAAGGGGUUGGAGACCCCGGCGGAGACAGAGGGAGUGAGCUAAAGAAACGUGGUGGCAGGCAGAUGAUGGGUGCUUGAUGGUCACCUUAGGGCUGAGAGUUACUGGGAAUGCCCGGGGAGUGGCAGGGUCCUGGAGGAGAGAAGGUCGUGGACUUGAGAGGCUGGAUCACCCACCUGCUGUGGGGUGUGAGUGAGUGUGCUAGGAAGCACGGAGCUCAAACCUUCAGGGAACCAGGUGGACCAGGGGAUGGGAAGGAGCCCUGAGGAGCGGGGGAGCACCCACCCCCUUCAGGCUCAGAGGUUCAGGGGUGCGGGAGAGAAAACAACCGCAGUCCACUUACGGCAGAGGGUCUCGACUGUGGGUGCUGGCCCCCCCGGGGGACGCUGGGGGCAGUGCCACUGCAUCUAGUGGCCGGAGGCCAAGGAUGCUGCUUAACAUCCUCCAGUGCACAGGGCAGCCCAUGAUAAAGAAUUAUUCAGCCCUGAAUGGCAGUAGUGCAGAGAAACGCCGAGUCAGGGAAAGGUGGGGAAGAGAAAGUCCAGAAAAGAGGUUAAGAGAGAAGGGAUUCUGCAGAUGUUGAUGACACAGCGAAGAAAGGUCUCAGGAGAUGGAGGUACUGCCGCCGCCUCCUCACCUGGAGGAUGGGAUGGGAGCGGUUGUUAGGACAGAAGGGGUGCUGCUCAGAGGGAGGGCCCCUGUGGUCUGGGCCCCGCCCACGUCCAGCACAUGAUGGUGCUGCAUACGUGAUGCGGAGCCGGAAAGCCGCGAGGGCUUUGGGGAAAGGGGCUCUGAGCCACUGUGGAGGCUUCAGGCCGACCCGUGCAGCCAGCCCAUGAGAUGAGGCCCCCGGGGGCUGGUCCCUCACCUGAGCUUGCUCUUGAGCGCCGUCACCUCGCGGCCCAUGGCCUCGUUGCUCUCUGUGGCCUCAUCCAGCUCCCGCUGCAGCUUCCUGCGGUUGGCGUUGAUGCGCUGGGACUCUUCCUCCGCCUCCUCCAGCUGCCUCUUGAGUUGCUUGACCCUCGUGUUUCCUUUCUCAGCCUGUCAAGGAGAGGCCCGAGGGUCAGGGGGGUCUGUGGCAGGGCUUGUGGGGCUGGGAGGG